AUGCCGCCCACGACUACACCGAUCAUUGACACCACCACCAUCCUCUCCCUCCUCUCCACCCUUCUCAUUCUCGGCACCGCAUACCUCGCCUCCUAUCACUUCCUCCCCUCCUCCGCCUCUACAAAGACCCGUGUGCUCUUCAUCUGGCACGCCUUCGACUCCCUCAUCCACGCCCUCCUCGAAGGAUCCUUCCUCUACAACUGUUUCUUCACCUACACCACCACUACCCCUGUCUGGUCGUCCAGCUCCUCUGUCUCCGCCUACCUCCCCCCCAACAUCUACUUCCUCGGCCACAAAAACCGCCUGUACGGCUCAGAAUAUGGCACGAACCCCUUCGCGGCUCUCUGGCGCGUCUACGCUCAAGCAGACGCUCGUUGGGGUGGGAGCGACCUCACGGUCAUUAGUCUCGAGCUCUUGACCGUCUUCAUCGGCGCCCCGUUGGCGGCUUGGAUAUGCUAUUGCUUGGCCAAGCAGAGGAAAGAUGCAUGGUUUUGGAUGAUACUAUUGGCGACUGGAGAGCUAUACGGAGGGUUCAUGACAUUCGCACCAGAGUGGCUGAGCGGGAGUCCGAACUUGGACACUGGCAAUUGGAUGUACCUUUGGGUGUAUCUGGUAUUCUUCAAUACGUUGUGGGUGUGGAUACCGCUGUGGAUACUGUACGAGGGCUACGGAAAGAUCCCCGGGACAGCUGGAGCGGCUGGGAAGGGCGGCAGUGGGAAGAAGAGAAGAUAG